AUGGCAGGCAAAGCCAGCAAAGCCGCGCCGUCAGAGGCGGCUCCAGCCAACCCAGAGCCACCAGCAGCUGACGCAUCUGAGCCUCGGACUGAGAAUGUCGAUGCCUCUACAAAGAUAGAGGUAGGCGCAGUGCCCGAUGCCGACGCACCAGACAGCUCUGCCAAGGCGGAAGAGGCUGCUUCCUAUGCAUCCGCAGCUAAGCCAUCCAUAGAGGCUGCACAGGAUGACGCCGUUUCUCACACAUCAUCAGGGUCAGACGACAAAGCCAACAACUCUUCUUCGUCCAAAAAGUCGCCGAGCAAGUCCAAGAAGGGUGGCAGGAACUCACGGGGCAAGUCGACCAGCUCGAAGCGAAGCAGCGAGGAGCAGGAUGCGGCCAAGGACGCGGAAGCUGAUGCACCUGCAGAAGCAGAUCCGGCAGCUUCUACCAGCACUGCCGUUGAUGCUACGUCCGCAGCUGAGACUCAACAAGCCGACCUAGCACAUGAAGCAACAGGAGCCGAAGCAACCGCAAUAGACGCCGAACUCACUGCAGAGUCCAGCGAUGCUGCUGCCGGCGGGCGAGACAACAUCAACCACAAGGGGGCAAGCAAAGAGCUUGCACAGCUCGGCCUUAGCUCUUUUGGCGACAAUGGUGACGAAGAGGUGGUUGGACCUCGCCGCUCUCGACGUGGUCCAGGUGCUUCACCUGACCCUAAGGCACGCAUCCCAAAGACAGAACCUGACACCGACACAACUUCAUUGCAAGACCCUUCUGCAGCCGACAGCACGAAUGCAAAUGCAUCCAGCGAUGCGACAGCAGAAGGGGUUGAUGCCAACGCAUCGUCUGCACACCAAGACGACAAGGUGGAAGCCGAGGCUUCUGCAGCACCGGAAGAGGUGGCCAGCGAAGCACAAGCCGAAGCUAAGACCGAGGAAGAAGACGAACAAUAUCUCGGGCCAGAAACACCAGCCACGGAAGAUGACGACAACCAACUUGAUGCCGAGGGCGCCUAUAUCGAGGAUGUUAAAGCCGACUAUGGCGACGCGGACGAGCAAAGCGACCUCGAUGGCGAAGAGGGUGGUGAUGAAGGUGUGACACGCUGCGUGUGCGGCAGUGCCGACGAGAAUGUAGGCCUGAUGAUUCAGUGUGAGACGUGCAAAUGCUGGCAGCACUGCGUCUGCAUGGGCAUGCAGGUCGAAGAGGACUGCCCCGACGUCUACUACUGCGAGCAAUGUCGGCCCGAACUUCAUAUCCCUCUUCUCCGCUCGCUCGGCUUGCUUCCGAAAGCUGCAAAGAAAGGUACUGGCAAAGGUGCCAAAUACUCAGCGAGAGAACUCAAGGAAGCCAAAGAGGCCAUCGCAUUGCUGGCUGAAGAGAAUGCACGCCGCAAUGAAGCAGUUGAAGCAGCUGCUGCUUACAACUCUCGUGACCGAAAGGGUGGCGCCAGCUCGCGUCGUGAGGAGUCCAAGGAGAUACCCAAGAGUCCAAAAAGACGCAACACCAUGAACAGCCGCGAUUCGGCUUACGGCGGAUGGGAACCUAUCCCACCUGGUCUUCUCGCUGAUGGUGAAGUCUGGGAAGGAGCCGACGACAAGAAAGGCGGCAAGAAGCGUAAACGCGGUCAUCCUGAUGACGCUGGCGACAGUGCUGUCCAGACGCCCGAGUUGGGCGAAGGUGCUGGCGAUGCUGCUUCGGAUGUAGCCAAGCGAAGGCGUAUGAGUUCCGGUCAUCCUGCCGACCACGACGCCGAUGCUGACAUGGACGAGGAUGACCUUUCCGGCGGUGCAGACCAUUCGGGCUCUGCAUCCAAGAGCCAUAAGAAGAAGAAGGGCAACAAUCAGUAUACUGUCCGCGAAACAUCUGUCACCGCAGACUCUUCCGCAUCCAAACCACGCCAUCCAAACCAGUACACUUAUCGCAACAAGGACAAGAAUGGGAACCCCGCAGCGAAUGGUCAGAAGACCGGCUCGAGCUCGACAUCAAACCUCACAUCGCAUUCUCCAAGUCCCAGUCCAAGCAAAGGCAGGGCGGAACAUGCGCGUCGUGCUGCUGCAAGAGACAACGGAUAUCAGAUUGGCACUCCUGCUCCUGGCGAGUUUUCUGGCUCAGCAAGUCGUGGCGGUCAGCAACCAUCCACUAUACAGUGGGGGCUCCCCGAGCAUCUUACUCAUCUUUCUUACUUGCUGCCAAAUGGAGGGACAUCUCAACUUGGCUCGGCCAAGCCGCAAGCACCGACAAAUGAGAAUGGUGGUGCCAGCAAGAAAGGCGCCACCUCUCUUUCUACUUCUUCCAGCGGCCAGUCGAGUUCCGGAGGUCCGUCUCCACCAGCAGGUGCGUCCUUCCCGACGCCCUUCCAGGUACUCUCUUCGAUCGAGUCGUCAACCAAAGUGCGUUUCCCCAGUCGGCGCAUGACGAUGAGCGAAAUGCGCAAACGUGUUCGCAACAUUGGCGAGUAUAUGACUCGAAGCCAGAUCGAAGCUGUGGAGCGUGAGAAGCGUAUGAAGCUGCUCAGCAUCGUACCUCCUUACAUGGAGGAGCCGGAAGAAGAAGCGGAGAUGGAAGUGGAAUCGACGCAAGAUGACACCAAGGAUGGCGGCGAAGCCAACCCAACCGAGUCCGGACCAGGUGAGAACGCAAAUCAGGAAGCGAGGAAGGAGGAUGGAAGCGGGCAGAGCAAGCAGGAGCGACUACCUCUGAGCAUGCGAUUGAUGGAAGAGUUGACACGCGAGUUGAUCAACUUUCAACGCAAGUUUGGCAACGGUCCUGGGAGCCAUGGCAGCCUCAGCAGUUCUCAUCAAUCUACCACCGUCAGCUGA